AUGUUGAGUCAAGUCUGCCACUCUGGGUUCCAGUCCUUCACCCAGCGUCUCCUGCCCUGGGUCCAGUCCACAAUACUCAACAGAUCUCGUCAUGUUCAGCCUUCAGCCAUCAGACAUGUUCGUUCUUGGAGCAACAUACCCUUUAUCACUGUGCCCCUCAGUCGUACACAUGGCAAGUCUUUUGCCCACCGCAGUGAGCUGAAGCAUGCAAAGAGAAUUGUGGUGAAACUUGGAAGUGCCGUGGUGACCCGAGGGGAUGAAUGUGGCCUGGCCCUGGGGCGCCUGGCGUCUAUUGUUGAGCAGGUGUCAGUGCUGCAGAAUCAAGGCCGAGAGAUGAUGCUGGUGACGAGUGGAGCUGUAGCCUUCGGCAAGCAGCGCUUGCGCCAUGAGAUCCUUCUGUCUCAGAGCGUAAGGCAGGCUCUACACUCAGGGCAGAACCACCUGAAAGAGAUGGCAAUUCCAGUCUUAGAAGCCCGAGCCUGUGCAGCUGCUGGACAGAGUGGGCUGAUGGCCUUGUAUGAAGCCAUGUUUACCCAGUACAGCAUCUGUGCUGCCCAGAUUUUGGUGACCAAUUUGGAUUUCCACGAUGAGCAGAAGCGCCGAAACCUCAAUGGGACUCUUCAUGAGCUUCUGCGAAUGAACAUCGUCCCCAUUGUCAACACAAACGAUGCUGUUGUCCCUCCAGCAGAGCCCAAUAGCGAUCUCCAGGGGGUAAAUGUUAUUAGUGUUAAAGAUAAUGAUAGCCUGGCUGCCCGUCUGGCUGUGGAAAUGAAGACUGACCUCUUAAUUGUUCUCUCAGAUGUAGAAGGUCUCUUUGACAGCCCCCCAGGGUCAGAUGAUGCAAAGCUCAUUGAUAUAUUUUAUCCUGGUGAUCAGCAGUCUGUGACAUUCGGAACCAAGUCCAGAGUCGGAAUGGGUGGCAUGGAAGCCAAGGUGAAAGCGGCUCUCUGGGCUUUACAAGGUGGUACUUCUGUGGUCAUUGCCAAUGGGACCCACCCCAAGGUGUCUGGGCAUGUCAUCACAGACAUUGUAGAGGGAAAGAAAGUUGGCACUUUCUUUUCUGAAGUAAAACCUGCAGGCCCUACUGUGGAGCAGCAGGGAGAAAUGGCUCGAUCAGGAGGAAGGAUGUUAGCCACUUUGGAACCUGAUCAGAGAGCAGAGAUUAUCCAUCACCUGGCCGAUCUGUUGACAGACCAGCGAGAUGAGAUCCUGUUAGCCAACAAAAAAGACUUGGAGGAGGCCGAAGGGAGACUUGCAGCUCCUCUGCUGAAACGUUUGAGCCUCUCCACGUCUAAAUUGAACAGCCUGGCCAUCGGUCUGCGGCAGAUUGCGGCCUCCUCCCAGGACAGUGUGGGGCGGGUUUUGCGCCGGACGCGAAUUGCCAAAGACUUGGAGCUAGAACAAGUCACUGUCCCAAUUGGAGUCUUGCUGGUCAUCUUUGAGUCUCGCCCUGACUGUCUACCCCAGGUGGCAGCCUUGGCUAUAGCAAGUGGUAAUGGCUUGUUACUCAAAGGAGGGAAGGAGGCCUCACACAGCAACCGAAUCCUUCACCUCCUGACCCAGGAGGCCCUCUCAACCCAUGGAGUCAAGGAGGCUGUACAGCUGGUGAAUACCAGAGAAGAAGUAGAAGAUCUUUGCCGUUUAGACAAAAUGAUAGAUCUGAUCAUUCCACGAGGCUCUUCCCAGCUGGUCAGAGACAUCCAGAAAGCUGCUAAGGGCAUCCCAGUAAUGGGGCACAGUGAAGGCAUCUGCCACAUGUACGUGGAUUCAGAGGCCAGUGUCGACAAGGUCACUAGGCUAGUUAGAGACUCCAAAUGUGAAUAUCCAGCUGCCUGUAAUGCUUUAGAGACCCUGUUAAUCCACCGAGACCUGCUGAGAACACCAUUGUUUGACCAGAUCAUUGACAUGCUGAGAGUGGAACAGGUGAAGAUUCAUGCAGGCCCCAAGUUUGCCUCUUAUCUGACCUUCAGCCCCUCUGAAGUGAAGUCCCUCCGAACUGAGUACGGGGACCUGGAGCUGUGCAUUGAAGUGGUGGACAGUGUGCAGGAUGCGAUCGACCACAUCCACAAGUAUGGCAGCUCACACACGGAUGUCAUCGUUACCGAGAAUGAGAAGACAGCUGAGUUCUUUCUCCAGCACGUGGACAGUGCCUGUGUGUUCUGGAAUGCCAGCACUCGCUUCUCUGAUGGCUACCGCUUCGGACUGGGAGCUGAAGUGGGAAUAAGUACAUCUCGAAUCCACGCCCGGGGGCCAGUGGGACUAGAAGGACUACUGACUACCAAGUGGCUGCUGCGAGGGCAGGACCACGUGGUCUCGGACUUCUCAGAGCACGGAAGUUUAAAGUACCUUCAUGAGAACCUCCCUAUUCCUCAGCGAAACACCAACUGA